GCUUCGUGUUGUUGUCUCUAGGUGGGCAGAAUCCAGACUACAUGCUGCACGGUACAGGGGUGAAGCACGGCUCAGAUCCGAAAAAGGCUCCGGCAGCAGACGGUUCCACCGUGGCGCCGGAGGACGCCGCCCGCUUCCUCAGCUGCUACUGCUCAGGUCACUGUCCGGAGGAUGCCACCAACAACACCUGCGAGACCAACGGACAGUGCUUUGCCAUCAUCGAGGAGGACGAGCACGGAGAAGCUGUCCUCACAUCCGGCUGUAUGAAAUAUGAGGGAUCACACUUCCAGUGCAAGGAUUCGCCCAACGCUCAGACGAGGAGGACGAUCGAGUGCUGUUCCACAGAUUUCUGUAACAGAGACUUACAGCCCACUCUUCCACCUCCUGUAAUCCCAGAGCCCCUGUUGGGAAGCACGCACUGGCUGGCCUUCCUGAUCUCAGUCACCGUGUGCUGCUUUACUCUCGUCGCUGUUACGGUCGUGUGCUACUACAGGUAUAAGCUGCAGACGGAGCGGAGGCGCUACCAGAGAGACCUGGAGCAGGACGAGGCCUUUAUCCCAGUUGGAGAGUCACUCAAAGACCUCAUCAACCAGUCCAGCACAGGCUCUGGAUCAGGGCUCCCUCUGCUGGUCCAGCGCACUAUUGCUAAGCAGAUCCAGAUGGUGCGGCAGAUCGGGAAGGGCAGGUACGGUGAGGUUUGGCUCGGACGCUGGAGAGGAGAGAAGGUGGCGGUGAAGGUGUUCUUCACUCGUGAGGAGGCCAGCUGGUUCAGAGAGACCGAGAUCUACCAGACCGUACUGAUGAGACACGAGAACAUACUAGGUUUCAUAGCUGCUGAUAUUAAAGGAACAGGAGCCUUCACUCAGCUCUUCCUCAUCACCGACUACCAUGAGAACGGCUCCCUGUACGACUACCUGAAGUUCACCACGCUGGACACUCAGGCUCUGCUGAGGCUGGCGUACUCGGCCGCCUGCGGUCUGUGCCACCUCCACACGGAGAUCUACGGCACCCAGGGCAAACCCGCCAUCGCCCACAGAGACCUGAAGAGCAAGAACAUCCUGAUUAAGAAGAACGGGACCUGCUGCAUCGCUGACCUCGGCCUGGCUGUCAAAUUCAACAGUGAUACGAAUGAGGUGGAUAUUCCUCUGAGUACGCGGAUGGGCACGCGGCGGUACAUGGCCCCGGAGGUUCUGGACGAGACGCUGAAUAAGAAUCAUUUUCAGGCUUAUAUCAUGGCUGAUAUCUACAGCUACGGCCUUAUUGUGUGGGAGAUGGCCCGGAGAUGUGUUACAGGAGGUAUUGUGGAAGAGUACCAGUUGCCUUACUGGGACGUGGUUCCCUCGGAUCCAUCGUACGAGGAUAUGAGGGAGGUAGUGUGUGGAAAGGGCAUGAGGCCUGCAGUUUCAAACCGCUGGAACAGCGACGAGUGUCUCAGAGCAAUGCUAAAGCUGAUGUCGGAGUGCUGGGCCCAUAACCCCGCCUCUCGCCUCACCGCCCUCCGAGUGAAGAAGACACUUGCUAAAAUGGUGGAAUCACAAGACAUUAAAAUAUGAGGAGAACUUCCUCCAUAUCUCCUCAGCAUCUUCUUUUACGGAGAAGAGGAGACGUGAAGAGAAGCUUUUUUUAAAAGACUUUUUAAAACGUUUGUACUGUACAGAGAUGAACUGCUGCCUCUGUUGCCUCCUCUGUUCAUGAACUCUACCCUACAUAGAGUGUAGGGGGCACUAUGGAGCAGAGCGCCUUCCUGCCUCACUUUUGAUGGGAUUCUUCUUCUGGUUGCAGUAACUCUCUCUACAGUAACUCUCAGAAAAAAACAAAGUGUCUUUGUAGCAUCCUCUGCUGGACAGUAUGUGCCACGACACACGUCUACAGAGAAACCGAGGAACUGAGGAGCUCCAGAUCCAGUCCAGACGUUCUGAGGAACGCACCCAGACGAGCCCACCAUCCGCUGCUCCGAGACUUCAGGCACUCUUAGAUUGGGAGAGGAUUGCCAAAUUAAGUGGUGCUUUCUGUGAAAGCCUUUUAAAAAAAUAAUGAAAUAAUGAAAAGGCGAUCGGAAGAAAAGAAAUGGCAGCCAUUGCCAUUCAAAGCAAAGGACUGGAGAGAAGAAUGGGAGUCCAGGGGAGAAAACUUUUGGGAGAAAGCUGGCUGAGGAUCUCUCUCUCUCUUUAUUCCUCUUUCUCUUUCUCUUUUUUUCUUUCUAUCCCUCCCUUUAUGAAGAGGAAUUAGCGCCAAAUUGAAAAGCAAACACUACCAUGGAAAAAUGGAAAUGCAAUUCACAAGAUGCAUUGCUAUUUAUAGGUAAAUGUUUGAGUAAAAAUUAACAUUUUUAUUUUGUUCUAUAAACUACAGACAACAUUUCUCCCAAAUUCCAAAUAAAAAUAUUGUAAUUUAGAGAAUUUAUUUGCAGAAAAUGAAAAAAAAUGGCUGAAAUAACAAAAAAGAUGCAGAGCUUUCAGACCUCAAAUAAUGCAAAGAAAACAAGUUCAUAUUCAUAAAGUUUUAAGUUUUAAGAGUUCAGAAAUCAAUAUUUGGUGGAAUAAUCCUGUUUUUUAAUGUAAGUUUUCAUGCAUCUUGGCAUCAUGUUCUCCUCCACCAGUCUUACACACUGCUUUUAGAUAACUUUCCUGGUGCAAAAAGCAUUCCUCUUGAUUAUAUUCCAGAGGUUUUCAAUUUGGUAAAAUCAAAGAAACUCAUCAUUUUUAAAAGGUCUCUUUAUUUUUUCCUAGAGUUGUAUAUGCCAAAAAAAAUACAAAACCUACAAAAAUUACAUUAUACUUCACUGCACUUGAUCUCUUUAUUAAAAAUAAUAAUAAUAAUAAUAAUUUACAUUUCCAAAACUAAACACUGAAUUUGUAUCAGAAUUGCACUUAAAGGGCAAUCAGCUCAAAUGCAUUGUUGUAUUGCACUGUGUGGUUCCAUGGCUGCGAAUGUUCAAAAGCACAAUCACAAUGCACAGGACUAGAGUUCAUCUAGGAGCAUUGCUGUAUUCGUGCCAAAAUUAAAUAUAAUCACUGUCUAAUGAGAACCCACUGCUGAAAUUGGGACGUUGCUGAGAAACCAGUGAGCUCAAAAUAAGGGGAAAGGAAAGAUUCGAGUUAAAAAUAAACCAAACACACCUACACCACCCAAACCAAAUGUAGAAAGCACACAGAGUC